AGGAAUCUCCUUGCAAUUCUUCAAGCAUACCUCCGUCUCUGUACUCUGUAGCUGCUCUGCAGUUGUCUGCAGUCCAAAGCAAAAGUCUUUUAAAAAACAAAACCACAACCGUGUUUUGUCGCGAUGAGAAAAAGGCGACCUUAAGCUUUUCUUUUUCCUCUUAGUAUUACAUUCUCUGAUAUAAUCAAUAUAAAUAAAUUCCCUACUUCGGUUAUUGUUAGCUCUUUUUUAUUUCUUUGCAAAGUAUUGAUUUUGGUAACGUUAAUGGAGUCGUAGUAGCAGUUGUUGUUGUCACCUAGUCCGAGAAAACCCACUUCAUCAAGUCCUUUGAAUUUAUGUCAAAUUCCUUUAAAAAACCAUCCAAAGUUUCCAAAAUUAUACUUCAGCUGUUGAUUCGUCCUGUGUCUAAAUCUUCAAAAUGUCAGUUCAUGAAAUGUCCCACAUCGAUUUAGAGAAAGGAACGCACCGCCGCUCCGUUGCUGGAAGUGAUGCCAGUUGUUUUUCUGAUGCAGAAGAUGGUUCUUGCUACUCCCAGUUCUAUUCAACCACUGGUGGGUCUUAUGAUAAUUACAGCUUCGCUUGUGUCUCUGAUCCUGAGGGUAUAAACAGUGUGGUUUUGGAUUCUAGGAGGGUGUCUUCAGUGUCUGAUUGUUCAGUGGAGGUGGGGCUUGUAAAUGAGGCGCCUGAAAUAAAGGUGCAUUUGAGUAAAGUGGAGAGAGACUGUAGGAUUUGCCAUCUGGGUUUAGAGAGUAAUAGUCAUGAAUCAGGAGUUCCUAUGGAAUUGGGUUGUUCUUGCAAGGAUGAUUUGGCUGCUGCUCAUAAACAGUGUGCAGAGGCUUGGUUCAAGAUCAAGGGAAACAAGACCUGUGAGAUUUGUCAUUCUAUUGCACGCAAUGUUGUUUUAGCAAGUGACAUCGAGUCAAUUGAGCAUUCAAAUGAGACAAACAAUGUCAUGGUAAAUACCGCAGCAGCGGCAGCGUCAACAUCAAUUCCUACCACAGAAACUCGAAGCUUUUUGCAAGGCCACCGCUUCCUGAAUUUCUUGCUUGCUUGUGUGGUAUUUGCAUUUGUAUUAUCUUGGCUCUUUCACUUCAAUGUGCCAUCCUCGUAAACUUCUGUAGGAGAGGCUUGAGGGGGGAAAGAAAGAAAUAAUUAUAGAGAAAGCAGAAUUAUUCUAGAAGAACUUGCAAAGAUUGUUGUGUGAUGAAUGAGGAAGAGUUCAGUGCCUUGUAGGGUUUUAUACGUCCACAUUUUCCUUUAGUAUGCAUAGGUAUUUGUUGAUCUACAUAUGUACGCUUGUAUUUAUCAGAGCUUUAUCUGCCUUGAAAAAAAUGUGGGUGUUUGGAGGUUGUAUUGAUUCAUCUAGAUGCUGUUAUUGUUGUUCC